UAUAUCACUGUGUUUAUCUCUCUUGAUCUGCAUCUUCCUCUCUCUUUUUUUUAUAAGAUUUGACUUCAAUUUUGUUUCGAAAUUGUGUCAAAUCUUUUGAAUUUUGAAUUCUUCGCGUGGUGUUAAUCUGAUCUAAAUCUUUGAAUCCUCACGUGAAGAAUGGGGCUGUCUUUCGCAAAGCUAUUCAGCCGGCUUUUUGCCAAGAAGGAGAUGCGUAUAUUGAUGGUUGGGCUUGAUGCUGCUGGUAAAACCACCAUUCUUUACAAGCUCAAGCUGGGAGAGAUCGUUACCACUAUUCCCACCAUUGGUUUCAAUGUUGAAACCGUGGAAUACAAGAACAUCAGCUUUACUGUAUGGGAUGUUGGUGGCCAGGACAAGAUCCGGCCACUGUGGAGGCAUUAUUUCCAAAAUACACAAGGACUUAUCUUUGUGGUGGAUAGCAAUGACCGUGAACGUGUGGUCGAAGCUAGAGAUGAGUUGCACAGGAUGUUGAACGAGGAUGAGUUGAGGGAUGCUGUGCUGCUAGUAUUUGCUAACAAGCAAGAUCUUCCAAAUGCUAUGAAUGCUGCCGAGAUCACUGAUAAGCUUGGCCUACAUUCUCUCCGUCAGCGCCACUGGUAUAUACAGAGCACUUGUGCCACUUCUGGGGAAGGACUGUACGAGGGACUCGACUGGCUCUCGAACAAUAUUGCGAGCAAGGCAUAAAUGGCACAAUUGAAUUAACAGUCCCUUUUUGAUGUUCUGAUGUCUACCUCGUUCAACCGUUAUGGCUUUUAUUGAAUGUUUGGUCUUCCUUGCAAACAUUACCGUUUGUCACAUGUAGUAAGAAUAAUAUGAUUAAAUUUCAAAUUCCAUUGUUGUAU